CGUUUCGCAUCUCUCUUCUAUGUCGAACGCAUGCAGCACCUGCUGCAGACCUCUGGAUAUUGAUCAAGAAAAUCCGUCAGAUGAGCAGUCAUGCGGCUGCGCCUUCGCUUCUCCUGGCGGCUCUGAAUCCAAACAGGGAAAGCAGUCCCCCUCGAUCAACGUUCGCCUUCACUCUACCAGUGAAGAAACAGCCUCGUCUGACCCAACGGGCAAGUCCAUCCUUGUGGCUCUUGACAAGCCAGAGUAUAUCUUGCGUGUAGCGCCACAGUAGUCGCUCCGCCGGGAUGGCAGAAGACGAAAGCGCUGGCUUCGAGCUGGCGUCAGCUUACGAUUUCUUACUUAAGUGUAUUCUCAUUGGCGAGUCGGGGACGGGGAAAUCGUGCUUGCUGCAUCAUUUCGUCAACAAUCAAUUUCGAACAAAUUCGGCACAUACGAUUGGCGUCGAGUUCUCGUCUCGCAUCGUCAAGAUUGGCAACAAGAACGUCAAGCUGCAGCUGUGGGAUACAGCUGGUCAGGAGCGCUUUCGAUCUGUCACUAGAAGCUAUUACCGCGGUGCGGCGGUGUGCAUUCUCGUUUACGACAUUACAAAACGGACAACGUAUGAGCCGCUCUCACGAUGGCUGGCGGACGCAAGGGCUGUGGCAUCUCCAGAUCUCGCAGUGGUCGUAGUGGGCAACAAGCUCGAUCGAGCGGAUGACGAGCGGGAAGUGAGCCAGCUAGAGGCUACGCAAUGGGCGAGCGAUAAUGGCGUACUCUUCCUCGAAACCUCCUCGCUGACCGGCGAGAACGUCGAGACGCCUUUUCUGCUUGCCGCACGCUCCAUUCUACUCGCCAUCGAAUCAGGGCGGCUAGAUCCUGAAAAGCCCGGCAGCGGCAUCUCAUUUGGCGACCGUACCCUGCGCCGGCUCGGCAGCGGCAGCCGAUUGAGCUUUGGAUUUGGCAGCGCUAGCGGCGCCGGCAGCGAUGCUGGAAGCACAAGGGGCAGGAGCGGUGGGGUCAUCAGGCUCAAGAACAGAGUCACGGAGAGCUUCGAGGGGUGUUGCUCGUGAGCUAGAGCGUCGCGUUCGCUAAUGCUUUGGUUGCGACCAGUCGAUGCAUCUUUUCAUUCCAGACUAGCAUUUCGUGUAUAUAUCAUGCCUUGUCCGGCUACCGUCAUAAUGAAGAUACCCUUGUCCCGUCCUUUUUUGG